AUGUCUCAACCAACCGUCAUUCUCAUUACAGGUGCGAAUUCAGGAGUGGGCUACGCAACCGCCCAAACCCUAGCUGCACACCCAAAUCACCAUGUGAUCAUGACCUGUCGUGACCUCCAGAAAGGCGAAAAAGCCCUCACGGAACUCCAAAGCAAAGGUCUCAAGGGAACUCUAUCCCUGAUCCAGCUGAACGUGGAAGACGACACUUCCAUAUCGAAAGCGGUCGACACCGUAAACGAACAAUUCAAUCGACUUGACGUCCUAGUCAACAACGCCGGCUCUGCCGCACCGAACAGCAGCGGCCGCGCCAAGCUGAACGUGAUCUUCUCGACCAACGUAAUUGGCGCAUCUAUGGUCGCAGAGGCCUUCACUCCCCUCCUCCUGAAAUCAGAAAGACCUUAUCUGAUCCAGAUAUCCAGUGGUCUGGGCUCUCUGAGUCUGGCAAAUGAUCCCACAUGUGCACAUUAUACUGUGCCUCAUGAUGACUACCGCACGAGCAAGGCGGCGUUGAACAUGAUGACUGUCCAGCUGCAUAAGAAGUUGCAGGGUCGUGGCGUGCGGGUUUUUGCCUUCUGUCCUGGUCUUGUGAGAUCGAAUCUGAGGGGAGAGGAUGAGGCUUCUGUUAGUGCGUAUGGAGCUGCUGGGGAUCCAUUGGAGGCUGGUAGAGGGAUUUUGGGGAUUGUGCUUGGGGAGAGGGAUGGGGAUGCUGGUGGGUUUAUCAACAAGGAUGGUCGGUUGCCUUGGUAG